CUUUUGUGAUGUUUAUUUUCACUGUUUUUCACACAUAUUUCCCAAUUAUUGACUAAAUCUAAUUCAGGAUGAAAUGCAAUGAUUUUGAGAAAAGCAAGUCUCGCCACAUGAAUCUUGAAAAUUUAGAUAAAGCUUUACAUGAUUUAGGCAUGCUGAGUGCAAUAACUGAAGCGAGGCGUGAAUAUUUACGUGAAACGAAGUCUAACUACAGUGUAAUGCGGUUGAACACGCGUUAUGUAUCAAACGUCACAGUCGGAUACUGCAUGAAAAGAGCGACGAAUAAAAACAGACUGUGUCCUUACGUAGUGCCCAUUAGGCACAGAACCAAGAGUGAGAACUCUGAUGCGCUCGCCAAUGACCCGAGUGAUAAUGGAUGCGAAUUCAAAAGCAGUAUGUUUGAGCCAUCAACCAGUAGCUACAUCCAUGACUGCAUAAAAAGUCCAGCGAAAAGAUGCCAGUCCCUCGAGAACCUCAAUCUAGCAGUCGAACCACCGAUAAACGCGGAAACAUCCCCCGAAAUGGAUUGUGUCUCGACACGAAUACAAAAACUACAAGUUGAUGAAUGACAUCAGCCACCAAGACGUCAGAAUUUAGUGAUAACCAACAAGUCAUAUUUACUCUGAGAGUGGUAGCACAUAGCAGUAGUAGAAGUGAUCUAAAGGAUGUAAAAUAAUAUGUUUAUCAGUGUAUUUGUGUUAGGGAAUAAGUAGUGGAAUAUUGUUGUUCCUAGCUUGGUGUAAUUGAUUUGAUUUUGCAUGUGUUGUGUAUGUAUUCUAACCUGAUUUGUUUUUAAUGCAAUUAAUGGGAAAUGAAAAAUCAUAGACGAAAUUUAAUGCUCAAAAAUUUUAAGUACAAAUUGAUACUUUUGUAUCAAAAUAUUAAUGAGUUUUGAAACUUCAGUAUUUGUUGAAUAUAUUAUAGUGAUUUACUAGCAAGUAUGAUUUUUUUUUUCUUAAACGAGUCAUGUCCCUACUUUAUCUAACAUAAUGUAACAGUACAGAAAUAAUAAUAAUAAACAUAUUUACAUUUCCUUAUAUUGAAACAUAAAACAUUGUAUUACAAUAAGCAUUAUUGUAAUUGUUUCCUAUAAAUAAUUGACAACAGAGAAGUUAAUACAGUGAAUGAUUCUUCUUGAAUUAUGUUAAAAAGUAUGUACAUGUAAUACAAAAAUCUUAAACCAUUUUGAAUAUUGUAUUAAUUUGCUUUAUGGAUGUGUUAAUUUUAAAGAUAAACAAAUAAUUAAAGACUGCAUUGAGAUCUCACUUAAAAGCUGAGCCAUUAUUAGUUUGAGAUGCAUUCUAGUAAUUUUUCAUGUUUUUCAUCUUUAUUAAAAACACACCUCUCAGGUUUGUUAACAUAUUUUGUUAUUUUGUUCAAAUGAUUUAAUUAACAGAUCUUUAAAA